AUGAAGCGCGGACGUGGUGGUGCCGGUGGCAACAAGAUGAAGGUGACCCUCGGUCUUCCGGUGGGCGCCCUCAUCAACUGCUGCGACAACAGCGGGGCCAAGAACUUGUACAUCAUUGCCGUGAAGGGUUGGGGCUCCUGUCUCAACAGGCUGCCAUCCAGCUCUCUGGGAGACUUGGUGCUGGCUACGGUGAAGAAAGGGAAGCCCGAGCUAAGGAAGAAGGUGCACCCAGCAGUCAUUGUGCGCCAGCGCCGCGCCUGGAGGAGAGCGGAAGGCUACUUCAUUUACUUUGAAGAUAACGCUGGAGUUAUUUGCAAUAACAAAGGCGAGAUGAAGGGGUCUGCCAUAACCGGACCUGUCGCCAAGGAGUGCGCAGAAUUAUGGCCCAAAAUCUCCGCUGCUGCCCCUGCAAUCUGCUGA